AGAGAGAGAGAGAGAAAACAGCGGGCUCCCAGCAUCAGCAUCUCCAUCCACUAGCCCAGCCAUGAAACAGGCUCUCCCUGAUAUCCUGAGGAUGAGUAGGAAAUGCCGCAUGGUGCUGGUCACUUGUCUUGGCUCCUUCGCCCUGGUCAUCUUUUAUUUCCAAAGUAUGUUACACCCAGGGAUACGGCGGGCCCCAUUCGGGGUGAACAUCUGCUGCAGGAAAGGAUCGCGGACUCCGUUGCAAGAGCUCCAGAACCCAACCCAGUAUCAAUUCUCAGACACGGAGCUCACGCACCAGAUCAGGAGAAACCAGAUUGCUCAGACAUGUCAAGCAAACAGCGCCAGAAGUCGGAAACGGCGAGUGUUGACCUCUGAUGACCUGAAACACUUGGUCGUAGAUGAGGACCAUGAGAUGAUCUACUGCUACGUGCCUAAGGUGGCCUGUACAAACUGGAAGAGGGUCAUGAUGGUGCUCACGGGAAGGGGCAAAUACACUGACCCCAUGGAAAUCCCUGCCAACGAAGCCCACGUCUCGUCUAACCUGAAGACGCUCAACCAGUACAGCAUCCCAGAGAUUAACCACCGCUUGAAAAACUACCUGAAGUUCAUGUUUGUCCGCGAGCCCUUCGAGCGCCUGGUGUCAGCGUACAGGAACAAGUUCACCAGAAGGUACAACACCUCCUUCCACAAACGGUACGGAACCAAAAUCGUCCGGAGGCAGAGGAAGAACGCAACCCAGGAGGCCCUGCUCAAGGGCGACGACGUGAAGUUUGAGGAGUUUGUGGCCUAUCUUGUUGACCCGUACACGCAGAGAGAGGAGCCCUUCAACGAGCACUGGGAGACCGUCUCCUCACUGUGCCAUCCUUGCCACAUCCACUACAACCUUAUCGGGAAAUACGAAACUCUGCAGGAGGAUGCAAGCUAUAUCCUGCACCUGGCAGGGGUGGCAGACUAUAUCAAAUUCCCCACCUAUGCCAAAUCCACCAGAACUACAGACGAAAUGACAGCUCAGUUUUUCCAAAACAUCAGCGCUGCCUUCCAGACUAAACUGUUCAAUCUCUACAAAUUAGAUUUUGUAAUGUUUAACUAUUCCAUGCCAAGCUACCUGAAGCUGGUGUGAGAAUGCCUGUUGAUUUAUUUAAGUCCUUAUUGGUUGUAAUUGCAUUCUUUUUUGUUUUAUUUUGUAAUUUUAGUGAAGAUGUUCACCAUUGCUGCGAGCAGCAAGAAUUGGAAUUUAUUUAAAUAACUUUGUAAGAAAGGACGGCUCUCUUGGCCGGGAAAUGGAACCAUGGCUGGUUUAAAGAUUCCCUUCCUGAGACACUGAAUAGGUGUGUAAAUCAUAUGUGUCAGAGGCUUCGCCAUCUCCUAUCAGGAUGUUGUUUGUAACCUGGAAACUCCUAACUGUCCAGGAUUCAGUCUGGGAACCCGUAAUAUCUCACUCCCAAAAACACAAGCACCCUCUGAUGUGACUGAGUAGUUAAUGAGUCAAAUGUGAAUCAGAAAUGGGUAGUUACCAUCACUGUCCGACCAAUGUUUUCAAACUUGCUUCAGGGACUUCAGCGAUUUAAACUGCUAUUGUAGCUUAGUUUUCUUUUAAGAAAGCUUACACCAGAUUUCUGAUGCCAAGCCCCGGGGCUGAUCUCGCUACAGUCAUUGGGUCACUUCUGUGUUACCCCUUUCCACAAGAAAAUCUCCACCAGCUGCCCAGGGCCAAUAGUUGCUUCCAGUUUGAGAGUUAAACAGUGGGCAAGGUGAUUUAUCACUAUGGCCAUGGGCAGCCAAGCCGCCCCUUCCACCAGCCAACACUCCUCAGUCCCCUUGCGUGGCGACACUGGGGGGGGGCGGUACAAGAGGGCAUUGUGGGAAAACAAAAGGGGUCAAGCAUCACGCUGUGCUGUUGUCAACGCCGGUUCUCAAGUGGGUGUGUUAUGUUGUUACAUUCGAAUGCUAGUUGAGGAUCCGUGAGUGUUAAAAUUAAAACAAUCUUUCCUUCAAACUGUGAAGCAUGAUUUACGAACGUACGAAAGAAUCCUGGGGAAGAAGCACGAAAGAUUCAGGUGAGUUGUUGCCUUUUAUUCACAAACUGUCUCCAUCGUCCCACAACUCAGCACUGCUACCCCAGUGAACAGUCAAAAUGGUGUCCCAUCAAGGGUUCCACCAUCAAUUAAAACUCUCUCAGCCACUGGAUCUUUUAAAAGAAACCAAACAUACAGGUGUUAAGGAUGGUAUUAAUGUCUCUUUUAAUUUGGGGGAUGUGGGCAAGGCCUGUCUUUGUUGACCAUUUCGAUCUGACUUGGCAGUGGACAGUGCUGCUGAGCUAUUGCAGUCCAUGUGGGGUAUGGUGCUCCCUCAGAGCAGCUUUCCCGAACUUUGACCCCACGCCAACGGAGGAAUGGCAGUUAUGUAUCCAAUGAGGAUGGUAUAUAACUUGGAGGUGCUGGUGUUUCCGUGAACUUGGUGUGCACUCUCCUUCGAUGGUGGAGGUCGCAACAUGGGGAAGUUAUCCCAGUUCUCAAACCGCAAACUGCACAGAGAAACAGAGCUCAAAAUUCAAGCUCCAGGGUUUCUGUGAAAAUCUCCCUUUGUUCUGCCAACAGAGGAAAUCAGUUGCACCUUGCCAUUCCAUCCAUCUCCUACUGAAGGGACAAUAACUCGCAUAGUAAUUGCAAACACCGAUGUAUACGUUGCGCCUUAAUGCAGCUUUUCUAAGUUUUCUUACUCUUUCCCAUGAUGAGGGCAUUGCUGGCUAGACCAGCAUUCAUUGCCCAUUCAAUAAAUUAUCGGAACUUCCAAAUUCCCACCGUGAUUUCAUCCUUGCAGUAAGACAUCUCUAAACUGCUCUUCUGGAAUCCUACCAAUCUUCUGACCUGAAGCUAUCACUGGAAAUAGGGAGAAGCCCCAAGGAGUUACAUUUGCACAUUUGCAGCCCCCAGCCCCCCUUUUAACUAUAUUAAAUUUAGACCAAUAGGGUUAUACAACGUACUAGCAGUAGCAGAGUUGCAAUGAAAGUGAUGUGAACUUAUUUUAUUUUCUUCUCCGUCUGUAGUUCUGUCGUUCCAAACUGUACAGUUCAGUAUGAGUAUGCUGAGUAGUUUUUCAUUAACGUCAACAUUUUUAGGUGCUCAGUUGAGUAUUUGUUCAAAGAUUGCAGUUUUGUCAGCAGGUAAUUAAGUUAAGAAUGGCACUAAUAACUGGUUGGUUAUUUAUGUUAGGAAAAGAUUUUGUGGUGUGUCUAUUUCAAUGAGAAUGUUGAGUGAUGAUGAGCUUUGGGUUCCAGUCACUGGUCCAUACAGGAGCCUAUUUUGUUGCAGGUGAUUUUCUGGCUGGUCUUAUUUGCACUCUUUCUCUCCACUUCCUUUCAUUUCUCUUCACUCUUUUUCUUUUCUUCAAUCUUGUCUUCCUGGUUGCCAAGUGUUGGAUACUCCUACAUGUGCCGUAAUGUAUUUAUACACUGAGACUUUUAUUGGAUUUAUGCAGACAUAAUAAGUAAGGAACUUCAGUGGGAACUAGAACAGUCAUUGGAUAUUCCUGCUUAACAAAGAGAGUCUUCAGUGCUUUUAGGUAACUUAAAGAGUAUUUGUGAUAUUACUCUUAUAAUAGAGUGCUAUUUUCUUACCUGCAUGCACAAAACAUUAUGCAGACAAGUAACUUGACAUCUUUC